CGGUCAGAGACCGAGUGGCAGCCGACGCGGAUGGGUGACCAAGUGCCAGUAUCUCUCUGUCGGUCUGCUCUACUCGGCUUCCUUCCUCCGUGCUUCCCCCACCGGCCACGCACAAAUCGAACCAGACCACCACCUCUCUCCACCUUGUCUGCUAAUUAACCACUCGGAUGUUAACAUUUGCAGCAACCUAGCUCUCCGCCCGCUGCUUAAAUAGGCCGUUAUAGUCAAUCGUACGCCAUUAAAUCGCGCGCGUGAUCCAAGAAAAACAACAGGCAACGGACGUGCGCAUACAGCAAAGUACGUCGUCUCUGUGGCGAUCGGGAGAAGAGCAGUGAGGCUUACACAGACACAGAGCCACUGCUCUUUUUGCUCUCUAGCUAUUUCUUCUCUGCUAGUGCGGCCGGAGAUCGACCGGGUAGAUGGCAGCAGCUCGUGAGGCGCCGUCCAGAGCAGCUCCUUCCGUUGCUGCGGCUGCCGGAGUUCUGCUGCUCCUCUCCAUCCUGCUGACAGAGCAGGUGGUGGUGUGCUCGGCCCUGUCCAUCGGCGUCAACUACGGGCAGAUCGCGAACAACCUCCCAUCGCCGGGGCGUGUGUCGUGGCUGCUCCAGUCGAUCAAGAUCAGCAAGGUGAAGCUCUACGACGCCGACCCGCACGUCCUGCGCGCGUUCCUGGGCACGGGCGUGGAGUUCGUGGUGGGCAUCGGCAACGAGCACGUCCCGUCCAUGGUGAGCCCCGCCGCGGCGCACGCGUGGCUCCAGCAGCACGUGGCGCCGCACCUCCGCGCCGGCGCGCGCAUCACCUGCAUCACCGUGGGCAACGAGGUGUUCAAGGGCAACGACACGGCCCUGCAGGCGGCCCUCCUGCCGGCCAUGCGGUCCGUGCACCAGGCGCUGGCCGCGCUGGGGCUGCAGGGCCGCGUCAACGUCACCACGGCGCACUCGCUGGACAUCAUGGGCGUCUCCUACCCUCCUUCCGCGGGAGCGUUCCACCCGGGCGCCGUGUCGCACCUGCAGCCGUACCUCAGCUUCCUGUCGCAGACCGGGGCGCCGUUCCUCAUCAACUGCUACCCGUUCUUCGCCUACAAGGACGACCCGGCGCGGGUGCCGCUGGAGUACGUGCUGUUCCAGCCCAACGCGGGCGUUACCGACCCCAACACGGGGCUCAACUACGACAACAUGCUGUACGCGCAGGUGGAUGCCGUGUACGCGGCCAUCCAGGCGCUGGGCCACACGGAUAUUCAUGUCAAGGUUUCUGAGACCGGGUGGCCGUCCCGGGGCGACCCCGACGAGAUCGGCGCCACGCCGGAGCACGCCGGGACGUACAUCCGGAACCUGCUGCAGAGGAUCGAGAUGAAGCAGGGCACCCCGCUAAGGCCCGCGGUGCCCAUCGACGUCUACGUGUUCGCGCUCUUCAACGAGAACCUCAAGCCCGGGCCGGCGUCGGAGCGGAACUACGGGCUGUUCUACCCCGACGGCACGCCUGUUUACAAUGUCGGUCUGCGCGGCUACCUCCCGCCGGUCGAAUCAUCAGAUAAUGGAGCACGGCGACAGGUGUUUCAUUUGCUUGCGCUUCUUCUCUCCAUCGCGUCGGUCGCUUUCGCCUUGUCCUGACAGCAUCCAUCGGGUGCUGAUGAAUACCGAUGGUGAAGAGAACUGGAUGCGAUUGACCAGAGCCGAAGUGACUAACAUAUGUGCUGAUUUUUGGCAAAAGCCUCUCGGAAAGAAGACAGUAUGUCUGUUUUCUCGGGUCAUAGAACUAGUGUAUUUGUAGCAGCACAUUUAUUGCAAUCUGGAUGUAUUCUGAUGGCCUUCGGGACAUGAAAGCUGCUUCGCAUGCAGAUUAGAUUAGAUCUAACUGAAGCUUGGAAAUGAUUACCUCAAUCAGAACUUCACCCUUAUUUUUAACCCGUGAAGGUCGCACGGACAAGAAUUGUUUAUUUGCCAAUUAUAGAUAGCAAAUGAUCAGCACAUUUCAUUUGUGAUUAGCAAAUUUAAUUGUUUCAUUA